UAGUAGAUGGCCCCGGAGUACACAGUGCCUAUGGUGAAAGCAUAUUCUCACACAACAGGACAGGUCACAACAGGACAGGUCACAACAGGACACAUCACAACAGGACAGAUCACAACAGGACACAUCACAACAGGACAGGUCACAACAGGACACAUCACAACAGGACACGUCACAACAGGACACAUCACAACAGGACACGUCACAACAGGACAGGUCACAACAGGACAGAUCACAACAGGACACGUCACAACAGGACAGGUCACAACAGGACACAUCACAACAGGACACAUCACAACAGGACAGGUCACAACAGGACACAUGACAACAGGACACAUCACAACAGGACACAUGACAACAGGACACAUCACAACAGGACACAUGACAACAGUACACAUCACAACAGGACACAUCACAACAGGACAGGUCACAACAGGACACAUGACAACAGGACACAUCACAACAGGACAGGUCACAACAGGACAGGUCACAACAGGACAGGUCACAACAGGACAGGUCACAACAGGACACAUGACAACAGGACACAUGACAACAGGACACAUGACAACAGGACACGUCACAACAGGACAGGUCACAACAGGACACAUCACAACAGGACACAUCACAACAGGACAGGUCACAACAGGACACGUCACAACAGGACACGUCACAACAGGACACAUCACAACAGGACACAUCACAACAGGACAGGUCACAACAGGACACAUGACAACAGGACACAUCACAACAGGACACAUGACAACAGUACACAUCACAACAGGACAGAUCACAACAGGACACAUGACAACAGGACACAUGACAACAGGACAGGUCACAACAGGACAGGUCACAACAGGACAGGUCACAACAGGACACAUGACAACAGGACACAUGACAACAGGACACAUGACAACAGGACACGUCACAACAGGACACGUCACAACAGGACAGGUCACAACAGGACACAUCACAACAGGACACAUCACAACAGGACACAUCACAACAGGACAGGUCACAACAGGACACAUCACAACAGGACACGUCACAACAGGACAGGUCACAACAGGACACAUCACAACAGGACACGUCACAACAGGACACAUCACAACAGGACACAUCACAACAGGACACAUGACAACAGGACACGUCACAACAGGACAGGUCACAACAGGACACAUCACAACAGGACAGGUCACAACAGGACACAUCACAACAGGACACAUCACAACAGGACACGUCACAACAGGACAGGUCACAACAGGACACAUCACAACAGGACACGUCACAACAGGACACGUCACAACAGGACACGUCACAACAGGACAGGUCACAACAGGACACAUCACAACAGGACACGUCACAACAGGACAGGUCACAACAGGACACAUCACAACAGGACAGGUCACAACAGGACACAUGACAACAGGACACAUCACAACAGGACACAUGACAACAGGACACAUCACAACAGGACACAUCACAACAGGACACAUCACAACAGGACAGGUCACUGGACCACAGAUUGAUGAAAUGGACCUUGAGCUGCACCAUAAAACAAAUAUUGAGCGUCUAUGAAGUGUGUGUGGCUGAGGCCUGUAGAUAUGAAUAUGUAAACGUACACUCAUGUCUUCUGUUUGCCACAUGUGCACAUUUACUCUUUUAAGGUAAAAAAAAAAAAAGUGCCGCCGUGUCCACAUAUGAACGUGACCACGCACGCACAAGCAGGUGUUACGUCACGAGCUAAAAUCUCACUCUAGCCCUCUGACCAAAGCUGGCACCCAUGACUGAACCAUCUGUCUCCAGAGUUGCCAAGUCCACUCAUUAUAAGCAACUUUGGGCUUGUUUUUCUGUAAAGUCACUUACAAAUAUUGGUAGUCGCAGGUCACGUUUUUUUUUUGGGCUUGUUUCUAAAGCGUAGUUGCUUAUUUGGGCAUGUUCCCAGCUCCAUAAGUUGUCAAGCAGAUAUUUUCGAUAUGUUAUUUAAACGUAGGAUAGUUUGUCUUGCCUGUUCCCUCUGUCCCUCCCCUUUCCCCAUGCACACAGGAGACAGCAGAGUUUUUCCCACCCGCAUCCUGCUUCCAAUUGGCUCUGACCCUGAUGGCAACGAGUACUAGCCAAUCAGAGGCAGAGCAGGGUAAUGCGUUGUUUUUUUUCUGGUUAGGAAAAUACCAGUCCUGUAACUAAAAGAAAAAAGUUAGAUGAGUGCAUAAAAAGCAAUAAUAAAUGAAGAUUUUGUGAAUUCAGGAUGAUAUUUAUUUGUAUGUGCAAAUGUUAAUUAUCAGAGGUUUACUGUGUAUAUAAUGUACUUGGUACUACAUCAGUCUAUAUUUGAUAUCCCAUCUGUUUUCUCAUCUUAAAUAAUGUUAAAAGGUAGUUUAACUCUCUUUUGUGGAUGUAAAUUGACAAUCUGUGCCCACAGUUUAAAAUCCGUCCCCACGGAUUGUAAAACCGUGCACACAGUUUAUUUAAUUUUCUCUCACCGGAACCUCGGGGGCCUCCGUAGAAAACGUCGCUUGUUUUGGGCUUAUUUUCACAGGCCUGGUUGCUUAUUUGUCUCGCGAGAUCUGGCAACAGUGUGUCUCCAUGUUCACACAGAGACGAUACAAAUACCAGAAACGUUUCUUCACAGAUUCACAACUGUUCUGAAUAUAAAGACAAAAGUCAUCUCUCUGAAAAUAUUCAGUUAACGUCACAAACACGUCACGAAACGAGCAUACGGCUAAGGUAAUGCUAACGUGAUGCUAACGUGAUGCUAACCGGAGCUCUUACACCGAGCUGUGAAGGGAAGCUAACAGUGUUAGCAGAAGCUAAUGAGCUGUUUGAUGCUUCAUCACUAACGUUACAUCACGUUUUCACAGCGCGGUAACAGGUGAGAUUAAAGACAGAAACACCUGGACUCACCUGAUGG